UCUUCGAACCCUAACCAUUUCUCUUCUUAUUAUCGCAUCCUCUGUGAACCCUUUUUCUCCUGAACAAAAAAGUUUUGAUGGGGAACUUCAACAUGUUUCCUCCGGAGAUCAUUUUAGAAAUACUCGCUCGUUUAUCAACUGAGUCAAUUUUACAUUGCAAACUAGUAUGUCAACAGUGGAGAGAUCUCAUCUCUCACCCAACCUUCCUCCAAAUGCAGUUAACACAUCUCAAUCAUCCAUAUUCUACUGAUUCUAGUAAGUUGGGGUUUCUGUUCUUGUACCAGAAUGAAGGUAAUCCAAUGUACAAUCACUUCUUUUAUUUUGAAUACAGUGAGAAUCAAGAUGAGACACCCUUUAAUGGAAUUAUAAGGGUCAACAUACACCCUCCAUUUAUGUUUUAUAAAAUUCAUAAUUCAUGUAAUGGAUUGAUAUAUCUCGGUGUUUCCCAUGAUAAUAAUUAUUCUAUGUUUGAUGCUUGUAUCUGUAAUCCAAUUACCAAAGAGUAUGUCGUUCUUCCAAAACUGGAAGAAAGGUAUACUCGUAAUGGCCGUGUAAUGAGUGGGUUUGAUUACAUUCCUUUAACUAAUGAGUACAAGGUUAUUAGAAUUUACAAUGAACCGGAGAAACCUGAUGUUGGAUUAGUUGAGGUGUAUACUCUUGGUAGUGGUAAUGGGUGGAGAAAUGUAGGAGAAUUCAACCAUGAGAUUGUAUUGUUUGCUAGGCGACAUGGUACAUUUGUAAAUGGAGCUAUUUAUUGGAUAAAGGGGUAUCAAACUAUUGUGAUGUUCGAUUUAGUUCACGAAAUUUUUCGUGUGGUCUCUUUAUCCACUUUUCCUGUGAAAAUGCUUUGUCGAACGUUUACUUCAUACUCAUGUAAAAUUGGGGCUUUGGGGGGUUACCUGAUGUGUGCUACCGUUGACAGAAAAGUUGGAAUUUCUGAAAUUUGGUUACUUGAGGAAAAAAAUGGUAAUCAUGAUGCGAAUGGCAUUUGGAGGAAAAAGUUAAGUGUUGUGCAUACUUUAAGACCAUUUGCCCUUCUGAAAAGUGGUGAAGUUCUAUAUUACAAUGAUACCAAUCUCUAUGUCCAUAACCCGACAAUACCAUCUCUAGAAAUGCUUGUGAAUAUGGAUGAAGAAAUUUCUCGGCCCAUUCCUCACAUGAACACCUUAGUUUCGCUGAAAGCUUUAGGAGAAGAAGAUACGCAGAUGAUGUAGUCAGCUGAUCGAUGUAUGACCUACAAUAAUAAGUGAGGACUGAGGAGGAGGCAGACUGGCAGAUGGAACAGAAUUACGAAGGAAGAGGCAGUGAUUAGCAGAUGAGAAUCAACUUAGGGCCAGGGGUUGAUAAGAGGGCAAAUGUCGCUCUAUCCUUUAUAUGGGGGCACAAAAUUACUUCAAACUUCCUUUCUUUCAGAGAAUAUAAAGAAGCAACAUUAAUUCGUUAACCAACUUUAAGCAAGUCUCUUUUGAACCAACUUUAGGGACACUACCAGUUCAUGUACCCCGUUGAAGGUAAAGAGGGAGAAUGCAGAGCGUGGGGCACUUGGAGCUCUACCUCUCUACCAGCAAUGUACCCCGUAAGUGAGGAUUAAUUUUCUUUUGUUGCUCUUUGUCAAACAAUGUUAUUAGUAACGUGGCUACAGCGUUUUAGAGGCGUCAUAUUAUACUGUUCUUCUUUCUUUUUUGGUGUUAUAUUUUUACAGGAAUUCUGUAAUCUUUUUAUAAGAUCCGUCUCCUGUUUUAAAAAGUGGGUGAAGUGUUGGUAAUCGGAACGUGUCCCUCUAAAAAAUUGAAUUGUAAAAUCCUCUCACGAUUUCUUUAUGAAAGGCUGAGUAAA